GCCAUCCCCUUCCAGUGUUGUGGCUCACACCUCAUACCGGCCGGCCAGGACUAGAGAGGCUCACGGCUACGGUGCUGCCAGCCGUCCAGAUAGCUCUGCAGGACCUCAGCACGCAGCCUCCACCUCUCAGAAACUAUGAAAUUCAAUUUGACGUCAUCGAUUCUGAGUGUGACAGUGCCAAAGGACUUAAAGCCUUCUUUGAUGCCAUAUGGAAUGGGACCAAGUACUCAAUGGUUUUUGGAGGUGUGUGUCCAUCUGUGACCUCCACAAUUGCGCAAUCUGUGCAGAAUUGGAAGCUUGUGCAGCUGUCGUUUGCUGCCAGUGCAGCUGUUUUAGCUGACAGGGAGAGGUACCCCAACCUCUUCUGCACCGUCCCCUCAGAUGCCACCGUGAGCCGGUCUGUGGUGCGGAUCCUCUCUCAGUACAGGUGGAGCAGGGUGGGCGUCCUCACGGACGGACAGCACAUCUUAGAGAAAGAUCUGACUACAAAACUGAGGGAUGCUAAAAUUGAUGUGGCAAUCAUUGAAAGACUCUCUAACAGUCCCUGCAUCCACUUAAAAAACCUUAUGGACAAUGAUGUACGGAUAAUUAUUGGUCUUUUUGAUGAAAAGUUGGCUUCCAAAGUAUUUUGCUGCGUUCACAACCUCAACAUGUUUGGCAGGAAGUACCAGUGGAUUUUACCAAGUGGUUACAAACAGGGGUGGUGGGAGGACUCCAACAUCUCCACAUGCUCCUCAAAGAGUCUGCUGAUAGCAAUAGAAGGCUACAUCAGUGUGGACCUCAAACAUUUGAGCGACCGACAAAUAAAAGGCAUUUCAGGAAGGACCCCACAGGAGUAUGAGGGGGAAUACAAACAGCAGCUACGGCAGCAACGGUUGGUGGGCAGCAAAUUGCAUGGAUUUGCCUAUGACGGAGUUUGGGCGAUUGCACUAGCAUUAACCCAGGUGAUGGAGUCUAUAAAGCAAAGAGAGAAACACAACAUCCAUCGGAACUUCACUGUCAGCAACACAGAGCUGGAGAACAUGAUCUUGCAUUCCAUGAAGCAACUUCAAUUUGAAGGAGUCACAGGUCCUGUUUUUUUCAGAAACGGACAGCGAAUGGGAUGUCUCAAAUUAAGCCAGUUUCAAGGGGGCAAAGAGAUUGAAGUGGGACUGUAUAACACCAGUACUGAAGUCCUACAACUGACCCGCAAAAUGAAGUUUCAAGGAACCGGUCCAGCCAGAGACCGCACCACAGUCCGUCUACUCAGGAAGGGAGUCAGCCUGCCUCUCUACAGCAUCCUGUCGGCCACCACAGGCUUAGCCAUUAUCACAGCUAUCGGGUUCUUCUGCCUCAACAUCAAAAACCGCGACCACAGGUUAACGAAGACCCCUGGGCUGUUCCUGGACAACCUUGUCUUCCUGGGGACAAUACUGUCCUUCACCUCCAUCUUCAUUUUCGGCCUUGAUAGAUCCCUGGUCUCAGACCACGAUUUGCAGAUCCUCUGCUCUGUGAGGACAUGGUUUCUGUCCAUAGGACACAGCAUUACCUUUGCAGCUUUAUUAGCCAAAAUCUGGAGAGUGUACAUGAAUAUGGAAAUGAACAAGAGCUCCAAGGCCAGCGAUCCAGUAAAGGUGGUUGGCCUGCUGCUGUUUGCGGAUGUGGCCAUACUGACCUGCUGGCAGGUUGUGGACCCACUCAGGCACAUAGAGUCAGAGUCAGGCUGGGAGACUGAUCCAAGUGAUGAGGACAUUGUAAUAAGGCCUUUUAUAACGUGCUGUGAAAGUAGAAGAAUGAAUUUAUGGCUCACCAUCAUGUAUGCUUACAAAGGGCCUGUGAUGCUACUGGGGUGUUUUCUCGCCUGGAGCACCAGGAAGGUGCAGGAGCCUCCCUUGAAUGAUAGCAUGUACCUGGCAGGCAGCGUUCUCAUCUUGACAGUGUUGUGUGUGUGCGGAGUGUCUGGCUACCAUGUGACCAGCCACCAACCCGGUGUGCAGUUCUGUUUUCUUGCUGUUGCCAUCCUGCUCUGCAACACCUCCAUCAUCUGUCUACUGUUCUUGCCAAAGAUUCUUCAUAUUAGGAACAGUCCUGUUGAAACCAGCCAAACUACAGUCACUGACAAAGACCAGACCAGAGACCUCCAGACCACUGACGAAAAUGAGAUUGCUUCUCUGCUGGACAAUCUGCAAAUUGAAAACCAGCACCUCUGCGGACAAAUAACACAGCUUGAUGCAGAGUUAGAGAUACUGGCUGUGCAAUUACUAGAGAAUCCUGAACAGGAGCCUAGCCCACAGGAUGCUCAUAUGGCCCAAAGAGGAAGUAGUGCCUACUUCAGAGAGACCUCAGGAGAGGGUAAAUCCCUGGUACAGCUGGAGCAGCAAGACCCGAACCAGGAGGAUGUAUUUCAGUCGCUCCCUGACAUCAACUCACCUGAACACGUCCAACGAAGAAUGUCUGUUCAGCUGCCUAUUCUGCAUCACGCCUACCUUCCUGGCAUUGGAGGAGUCAAUGCUAGCUGCUCCAGUCUUCUGAACCAAGCCUAAUGCCAUGUUGUUGUCAAUAUUAUGAUCAAUGUUAUUACCGAAAUGAUUAUGAUGAACUCUGAAGCUCAAAAUAUUUCAACACAAUGUAAGUGAAUAGUUGCACAGCUUUGGCCUGUCCUCAUACUUUACAUUUAUAACAACCAUCACAUGUAAUUAAAAGCACAUUAAUGGUCUGUGGAAUAAACAG